GCCCUCUAAACUUGACUGUCAAAAUUAUUAUGACGUUUUCUUUUCGCAGAAAGAAUUAGUGUCGAAUAAUCGUGUUUAUUUAGUAAUUCUACUUUAAAACAAUUGAAAUAUGGCUGCUGAAAUCAAGCCUGCACCAAGGACACCCAACGAUAGGUUCUCUACUACAAAAAAACCUGCCCUUCUAAGCAAAUUGGAAGGCUGUACCGACGAUGUAAAUGCAGCGGUCGUUAUACCUGGCGAGGACGGUGUAAUUAGCGUUUGUGAUGAUAAAACAGUGCGAGUAUGGCUAAAACGUGACUCAGGGCAAUACUGGCCAUCUAUUUGCCAGUAUAUGCCAUCAGGGUGCACUUCCAUGUUCUACACGCCAGAGACAAGGCAACUCUUUAUUGGCCAGGAGAACGGAACAGUCUCCGAGUUCACAUUGGCAACAGAUUGUAAUAGGAUAAAUCCUGCUCGCGAGUAUUUAGCGCACACAGCUCGCGUGACUGCCGUGAACUUCUCUCUGAGUUGCGAGUGGGUUCUCUCUGUGAGUCGAGACAAGUUGUUCGCCUACCAUUGCAGUGAGACUGGCAGGAGGAUCGGUGGUUACUCCUUCGAAGCAUGGUGUACGUCGUUGCAAUUCGACUCCCAGUCGAAAUACGCUUUUGUUGGCGACUACAGCGGCCAGAUAACGAUGCUGAAGUUAGAUAACAAUGGUGCCACGCUUGUUACUACGCUCAAGGGUCACACUGGAUCCGUAAGAGUACUGAACUGGGCCCCUCUGCCUCAGCUGUUAUUCAGCGGGUCAUUUGACCAGACGAUAAUAGUGUGGGACAUAGGAGGUCAAAAGGGCACAGCUUACGAACUACAGGGCCACAGCAACAAAGUAACAGGUCUAUGGUACGUGGGCAGCUGCGAGCGUCUGAUCUCAGCGGGCGAGGACGGCGCCCUCGGCGUGUGGGAGAUGGGGGUGAGACGCCGCGAGACACCCGCCUGGAAGGAGUCCGACCUCUGCCAGAUAUGCCGAGCUCCCUUUAUAUGGAACGUUAGGGCUAUGAUGGAGAAGAAGCAGCUUGGUCUCCGGCAGCACCACUGCCGCUGGUGCGGCGCGGCGGUGUGCGCGGCGUGCUCGCCGCACCGGCUGCCGCUGCCCGUCAUGGGCUUCGAGUUCCCGCAGCGCGUCUGCACCGCCUGCUACGACACGCUGCGCCAUGAACCUCGCGAAUCGCUCGCGUCGUUCCACGACAUGAAGCACGCGGUAUCGUCGCUGUACAUGGACGAGGCGACGGGCCGCAUGUGCACGGCCGGCAAGGACCGCGUCAUCAAGGUGUGGGACGUGGGCGUGCUGCUCGCGCCCGCGCCGCGCCCCUCCGCCGCCGACCAGUAGCCGCAUGUAUGUGUCCAGCUUUAUUAUAACAGUUCGAUUUUCAAAUUGAAACGGUUUCUUUUUUUUAUUAAUCACUCUUCUUUUUUUAUUCUAAAAUUUUCAAUUUGAAUUCGGAAUCAAUAAAAGACAAUCGAUUCUUUUUUUGAGUAUUAAAUAUUUUAUGUUAUUGAGCUUCUUAUAUUGGAAGAGAAAUCAAAAUGAAAUUAUAGAUUGAACUUCAUCGGGCUGUUCGCGUUAAUGUUAAUCUUUAUAGUCGUUAUAAUAUUAUUAUUUAAUGUGUAUCUAAUAUAUUUGUUGUUGAUAGUCCAACGAAAGUUUUGCUUUCUGUCACUUGUCGUGAGGUAAGACUGAGACUUUCCUUUCUGAAGUGUGUCGUUUAUUAUGGAUAGUAAAUACUAAAUAUAUUUGUGUCAUCAUAUUAUUAUAUAAAUAAUAAAAAAUGAGACGGAGAUCUCAAAACUAUUUUAUAUGUGUGUGAUCAAAAAUAAUAAUCUUUCUAUAUAAUCUGAAACUUUCACACAUUGAGUGUACAUAAGUCUGUCAAUUGCUUUGAAUUUCAUGCAUUAGUUAUCUAUCAUCUUCUAUGAAAGUUCACAGUCAAUCAUUUGAUAUAUUUCAUUUAUAUGUCUAGAAUAAAAUGUGGAACCAACGUUCUCGUGGGCGAAUGUUGUGUGCGAAAUAAGUGAGUUAAUGAAUUGUGUUCACGAUAUGGUCUGCAAGUGUGGUAACAUCAUUGUUGCACGGUAGGGCCCGUUUACUCUGCAGCCUCCCAAACGGCGUUCUAUACACUGCGAAUUUUGCUAGCGAAACGAAGGGUAUUCAUAACUCAUGCGCAUUUGUAUAUCAAUAAUUUGCAUUGUAUAACCAGCCUAAAUAGACUUAAAACAGAUAAUAAAGAGUCUAUAUAUAUAAUUAUGAUUAUUUCGUUGCUAUGGAAACGGGCUGCUACCAAAACACCCACAUAACCUAUCUUUAUUUACUCAGACUUUCAAAUAUUUCAAAAGCAUGUUUAGAGCUGCUCUAGUCCAGAAUUAUUUAAGCUUCGUAGAAUCAAGCCGCGUUUAGUGGUGACAACGAAUCAUAUAGCAUUAGGUAUUAUAUCGAUAAAAAGUUUCAUAAAAUCAUCUUUCAUUUUCUUUAAUGCAGCUCAAAUAGACUAACGUUUGAUAUAGUUUUGCCUAAAUAAAGCUUAGCUUAUGUGGGUGUUUCAACGUGUGACAAUAGAUCUCAGUUUUCAUCAAGGGUAUUUACUUUCAUUAUCGAUAUAGAAGUCUCUUAGAGCCUCAACUGACUGCAGAUUAAAGUUUCCGCCGAUUAUAUUAUCGUUAUAUAUACCUUUGGUGAAAACUCUAUAUAAUAUUGUUAGCGUUCAUACGAGUACUGUGUUAAACGUUUAGAUAUUACACUACAGUUGAUAUGUAUGGUAUUAAAAUAUUAUUUACUUUUUUAAUUUCGAUAAAUUAUAAUUCCAAUGUAUUCUAUUUUCUAUUCCAACUUGGCAUUGCUAAACAGAGUUAUUUGUAUUUUAAAUAAAUUUUCUUAAUCAUAAACAUUAUUUUAACUUAUUAUAUUUGAUAUUGUGACAUAAUUAUUGUAACGGAGUAAAAUUUAAAUUGUAUUUCUUAAGAAUAGUUUUGGUUUAAUAUAUUUCAUAAAUAUAUUUUCAUAAAUUGAGCUAAUUGCAUUACUUCUACUAAGUACUUUACAAUGUACGGAGAUCGUUUUGAUAGUUCGUACAAUACUUAUUUGAUUAACACUAUUGAAUCUGACAAUAAAUAUGUUAUAUGAUCUACCCCUAUAAAAUAGUGAUGUGCACUGUCAUCAUUUAUCGACACUAUUGUUACAUAGAAGAAACCUAUCGAUCUAAUCGGGAAUUUAAUGGAAAGGUGCUUUUACGUCAAGUCACCCUGUAUAGGUAUGUUGUCAGUUAUUUAAUGUUGUCAACGAACAAAUAUAGUCUUCUCAGCUUAGUGCUCCGCUUUCGAAAGCACCGAUUGGCCGCGCCCGUCAUUACCAAGUAACUGUUGGUAUCAUAUAACUUUUCAUUUUGAAACAAGCAAGUCUUGACAUUUUCGGCGUGGACCAAUUGAACUUUUAUAAAAUAAAAAAAAUAAUCCUUGUAUAAACUUAGGUAAUCUAUCGUAAAGUGUGUCCGAGUAGGUCAGAAAAUUGUUUAAAGUUCUGUAAUUGAGUGUUGUAUAAAAAUGUAUAAAACAAAUUUAGAGGUAUCAGCCGGUGCCUGGGGGUGUGGAGACAGUUGAACAAGGACAUAAGGCAUUGUUUAGAUCAAACGUAUUGUCGGCUUCUGACUGUAGGCGCGUGUUACGAAGUUUGUCGCUUUUCCAUGUAUUCACCAAAUCCACUAGACGCUAUUCCGUAGUGUGAGGUCGCUGACUCUCAGUGGAGCAUACUUACAGUCGACGGCGUAUACUACGCUUAUUGUGAAUGAUGCCUAAGCGUCCCUUUUCCGCGUAGGUGAAAUCGUUAAUCACUCAGUUUAGGCACCGGCUUAUAAAUAACAUACACAAAAAUAUAAAUUAAAAACAUUUAUUAAAUACGUAACAUAUUAUGCUAUGUAAAUUAUUUAGACAUGCUUCAUAGUUAUGAAUAAUGCCAAAAUUGUUUAGAAUGUAUUUAACAGUUCUAACGAAAAUUGCACGUUUACAAUACCUAUAUUCAACUAUUUUUUAUUAUUUAUAAUUAUCUUUUUUACUGUAAUGAUAACAUUUGUCAUACUCAAGGGCUUUGCAUUAUUCUAACUAAACUAAUGUGGAAUUAUACUACAUGUGUCUACCUACUUCAAUGUGACAAGUAUUAUCAUGAACUGGUUUGUAAAGAUUCGCUUAUAAUUUUUGUUAAUUUAAGGUCGAGGAUAUAUUAUCUAUAUUAAUAUAAAUAAAUAAAUUAACUAUUCUUUUAUGUCGUUAAAAGAGAUUUUAUUUUUCUAUUCAUGGAGCUUACUAUUCAUUUGUAAAGUAAUACUGUAAGAUAUAGUCAAUGUGUAAUUACUAUUAGAAGUAAUUAGGUCGCUUGGAAGUUUCUAUGCCAAUAAACAGUAAGAAGUAA